AUGGAGCGCUGCGACUUGUGUGAUCGUUUUUUUGAUGACCGGCAAGCUUUCCAACAACAUGUGCGAGAUGCUCCGGUACACACAUUGCGAUUUGGACUCGAACUCUGCAACCAGACUUUUGCCAGUCAAAACGCCCUUAAUCAGCAUACCCGAGACUUGCCUACACAUGCCACUACAUACGACUGUGUGCCUUGUGGCAGAUGCUUUGGUAGUCAAAGUGCCUUGGAUCAACAUGUGCAAAAUUCAGCGGCCCAUGCUGUAUCAUUCCACUGCGACCUUUGCAACCGAACUUUUGGCAGCAGAAAUGCCCUUGAUCAGCAUAUCCAGUAUUCAAAAGCACAUUUCACGCCGCCUAGCACGCCACUAGAUCAGUUCUUUCGAUCCUUCGUGGGCUUUGGAUACAAUCCAAAACUACCCCCUUCCGAAUCAUAUGCCCAGCUUAAGAACUUCUGUGGCUGGGAAAGGGGGGAUGCGGAGGAUAGAACGGCCUGGGAAGAAUACCAAUCUGCUCUAGAAGCGGAGGUGAAGACGUGGUUUGGAGUAGAGGAUGACCUCACUGCCUGGCAUUCUCUUUGUCGCGCUAUUGGCAUCGAUCCUUUGCCUGCAACCUGUAGGCAAGGCGUCAAGGUAGGUGCUUGUCUCCAGCCCGGGACUUUACAUGUCGAUACAAGAGUUCUUUGA